CUGGCGCCGCCGGCCCCGCUGGCGAACGCGGCGCGCGGGCCCCCGGGGGCGCGCGCCCGGGCCCUCAAGGGGGCGGGCAACGCCGCGCUGCGCCGGGGGAGGCUGCUGGCCGCCCUGGACGCCUGGAGGGAGGCCGAGGACCUCGGGGCUGGCGCUGGAGUCCGGCGACCCCGAGCUGUGGGCCGCUUGCCGCUCGAACGCAGUACUCGGGGAGCUGCGGCGGGGGGAAUUCGCCGCGGCCGACAGCUGGCGACGGAGCUCCUGGAGAGGUUCCCCAGGCACGAGAAGGGCCUCUACCGGCGAGGGCUGGCGCGCGAGUCCCUCGGGGACGUGCGCCGCGCCCGGCAGGACUUUGCGCGGGCCGUCGGCGUGAACUUCAUGAACGCAGAGGCCCAGGAGAGGCGCUGUCCCGGGUGGGCGGCGGCCGCGCAGCGCCCGAGGGCGACGAGACCGGGCCUCGUGCCGCAGAGACAAAGGGCGGGCGGCGGGCCGAGGGCAGGGGGUGCACGCAAGACUCGUCGGAGGGCGUCACCCACGCCGAUCCUCACUGCCGCAAGUGUUCUGCAGAGCGCUCGGGCGUGUGCACUUUUCCUUCGGUGAUGACCAUCGAUGGGCUGUGCCGCUGGGUCAAGAGGAGCGCGGAGAAGUCGCGAGCCAGGCCGGGACCCGCGGUCCGCUGGGGCCACCACCGGUUGGCCGCUGGCACGCUCGUGAAGCUCUUCUCUGGCGAGGAGGCCGUGGUCGACGCCACCGUGUUGGAAGGCCACCGCGUCGCCGUGGUCGCGGUGCCCAAGGGCCAGCGCCUCUUGUCCUGGGGCCUGCCCUUCGGCGUGGCCUCUCGGGACGACAUCGCCGCCGGGGAGUACGUCUGCAACGCGUCUGUCCUGAGCGCUCUGCGGCUUCGGCAGGUGGAGGGACUUCCGCGGGAGGGCAACUUUGACGACGCCAUCCUGCCCUAUCACCUGGAUGAGGCGAGCUUCCAGGGCGCGCCCCAGGUGCCCCUGCUCCCCCCGGAGCGCCGGCUCACCUUCAUGGGCUACGACCGCAGCGAG